CCAGCCUCUUCAUCAGUUGGAGGGAGGCAGGGGAGUGGUUCGGUUCAAGCUUAGAAUUCUUUUUUUUUUAAGGGUCGCCCUCUCCCUGAUUAAAUCUGUGUCCCAGUGGAAGCCGAAGAGACCAUGAAGGAGAGACGGGCCCCCCAGCCGGCUGUGGCCAGAUGUAAACUCGUCCUGGUAGGGGAUGUGCAAUGUGGGAAGACAGCGAUGUUACAGGUGCUAGCUAAGGAUUGCUACCCAGAGACUUAUGUGCCUACUGUAUUUGAGAAUUAUACAGCCUGUCUGGAGACAGAGGAACAAAGGGUAGAGCUCAGUCUCUGGGACACCUCAGGUUCUCCCUAUUAUGACAAUGUCCGUCCACUCUGCUACAGCGAUUCAGAUGCAGUAUUGCUGUGCUUUGACGUCAGCCGCCCUGAGACUCUUGACAGCGCACUCAAAAAGUGGAAGAUGGAGGUUCUAGAUUACUGCCCCAGCACCCGUGUGCUGCUCAUUGGCUGUAAGACAGACUUAAGGACGGACCUGAGUACACUGAUGGAACUGUCUCACCAGAAGCAGGCACCUAUCUCCCAUGAACAGGGUUGUGCCACAGCCAAGCAACUAGGUGCUCAGAUUUACCUGGAAUGUUCAGCCUUCACUUCUGAAAAGAGUGUCCAUAGCAUCUUCCGGACAGCUUCGAUGGUGUGUCUGAACAAAGGCAGUCCUCUUCCACCCAAGAGCCCAGUGCGCAGCCUCUCCAAACGACUCCUGCAUCUUCCCAGCAGAUCUGAACUCAUCUCUUCUACCUUCAAGAAGGAAAAAGCCAAAAGCUGUUCCAUUAUGUGAAGGGAAGGUCUGGGGGUGGGGGGAUUGCCUCCCAUUUCCUCCCACUUCCUCUCCUAGGAAGAGGAGGCAUGGGAAGAGGGAGAAUGAGACAUUUUAGGACACCAGACAUGAAUUUUUCAGAUAGCCAAGGUGAGGGCUUAGAGGGAUGGUACGGGCCCAAGGACAAGGAUCUGAUACAGAGGGAGAAUCAUCACCCCCCAGGCCAGGAAAUAGAGUUAUGGAGGGGGCCAGUUUACUCCAGUGCCCCCUGUCCAGGGAGAAGGAAAAGUGUAGGGGGUGCAGGAGGUACUCUGGCCUCAUGGGCCCAGAGCCAGAUGCCUCCAUCUUCAGCAUCUUCCAUGCAGUGUUUCCAUGCAAGUCUAGGAGGUAGAUAAGGAAGGCCAGCUCCCUAGUUCCCCUACCAAGAGAUAGCCAGGGAGUGGGGAUGCACAGAGUAGGCAGCAGAGGGGUCUGCCUGGCAGCUUAGUGUGGGUACUUCCCAAAUGAAGCCAGAAAGGCUAUAAAUAUAGUCAGAGCCACUGAGAAGGAAACUCAUCUCUUUGCACAGCCCAUGUCUCAUAUAGAUGUGACAUUAAACAUCCAUAUGCUUCUCACCCAAGUCCCCAGGGUCCAAGGAAGAAGCCCUGACCCCCUUCUCCUGCCAAAGCAUGAGGUGGAGGCAUGCUACGAGGGGCAGGGGCAAGCGGGGGCACAAGUUUUCUCAGCCCUCUUCGAGGGCAGCACAAGUAGAAUUUGUUUUAUAGACUUUUGUCUUUGGAGUUGGUUAGUUGAAGGGGAGGGAUAGGGGAGUGUAUCAAUCUGUUACAUGUUCUGUGUUUAAAGAAAACUUAUUAAUGAAAAAUAUAACAUGAAAUCAGGCUCAGUUUUCCUGGUUACUUUCUUUCCCCUACAUUGAUUAACUUUUUAAUAAUCUCCCUAUCUUCCUUGUUUUUUCUCUCAAAUGGUUCUCUGGGGAAAAGGGAAGUAGUUGAUCUAGGGCCCUUCCUCUAAAUGGUUAGACUCUACCUAACUUAAUCUUAUUAGAAAAUUCACUUUCCAUCUCAUUCUUCCAAGAAUUACUAUACUGGUAGAAGUCUGGUAUUUUUUUUCCCCUUUCAAGUUUUUGGUAUCCAUUUCUCUCCCUCUUCAUUUAUACCAGUGACUCAUUAGCUCCCUUCCCAGGUAAAAUGCCACCUUCUACAACAACCUUUUUCCAACUUCUCUUAAUUCUAGUGACCCUUUGUUAAUUAUUUCUCAUUUAUCCUGUACAGAACUUAUUUGUCAUAUUUGUUUGCCUAUUGUCUCUCCCAUUAGAUUGUAAGCUCCUUGAGGGAGGAACUAUCCUUUGCCUUUUUUUUUUUUUUUUUUUUUUGCAUCCAAUAACUAAUUCAAUAAGCAUUUAUUAAGUGUAAUGUUCUGGUUAGCUUUCUGGAGGUCUUGGAACCAGCCUUCGUUUUCAGCAGAGUAAUCACCACAAGAAUAGCCAGGGAUAACGUCCAAAAGUCUUUAUUAUCUCCUUCACAAUCUGUCACCUUUCCUGGGGCUCAGCUAGCUUUCUGGAGACCCUUCUGACGGGUCUUGGUCUCACUGGGGGAGGCAGGAGAGCCACCACGAUGAUGAUGAAGAUGGAAUGUCUCUCUCCUGAAGUUUCCUUGCCUCUGAGAGCUUGAGCUCCAGCCUCUAGUCCUCUGUCUUUUCUGAGUCUGUCUCUGGCUGAGUUUGUCCCAGUUUAUAUGCUUUAUUACAAUUACAUCAUUACAGUAUACUGAGUAUAAACCAAUCAUUAUAUCACUAAGGCAAUACUGAACUAGAGAACUCACAUGUUAAACUAGAUAACCAUUGUCUUAUCAAUUCUACUGUGUUAACACCGUGUUUUAGGACUAAAUCAAUCAUACUGAACCUUGAGUAUAUUUCUCCAAAGUUCCUGCCCUUUACAAUUAAGUACCUACUGUCUUUGUCCAAGUGUUUGCACAGUGCCUAGCAUGUAAUAUGUGUUUAAUAAAUAUUUAUUGACAGACUGACAUAGGGAUUACCCUGUUCUUGGGGUUGUAGGACUGAAGCCAAAGUCCGACAAUAACUGCAAAGAUUAAAAACUUUAGUCUUAAACAUCAGUUCUUAGUAUGGAUGAGGAAUAAAAUGAGUUGUAGUUCUGGUCUUGCCUGUUAUAGGAAUGGGGAGUUGCAGCCCUUUUCUAUAUUGACUUUAUCUUUAUUGUCAUAAAGCAGAAAACUUGACCAUCCCUGCACACUAAUACCAUAGGAGAUACUGGCAUGUGGUUACUUACUUUUACAAUAUUGAAGGGGGAUGUAUUUCUUCUGAGGAUGACCAGCAGCCCUCUGUCCCUAAAUGAUUAUUUAUUCCUAUUUCCCCACAACAACCAUGUUUCUACACUAUUUAGUAUGAACCAUUAAAGAGAAUGCUGCUUUUUCUCUUCUCACCCCCAUCCUGUCUAACAAAGUAGACCUCCUUUGGGCUGCUCCCUUAAUCCUAUCAUCCAAUAGCACAAUCUUCAAGCUCUUAUUGCCUUCCAAGUCCAUGGAUCCUUGGCUGGCUUUGGUCAUACCUGUGGGAUACCACAGGUAUGAAGUCUGACUAGAUUUUAUCCUAAGAAAGAGCCUUCUACUGGUUCAUUAGAUUAAUUAUACUCUUAUGUAAGCUCUUUAGGCUCCAGGGUUGUGAAAAGAAUGAAAUAAUAAGGAAUGAAAGAAAAAUCUAAUGAACUAGGUCACAUGUCAAAUUACUUUGGACUAAGGAUAGGGUGGAAGUCUAUGGUUGGGCUGAACUGGACUCUGGAUAGUUUGGUAUAUAGAAAUUUUGUGCAAAUAGGGCUCAGAAUAGUUUAAGAGCAACCAAUAGAUGAAAAGGAUGGGAGUGCAAAUGCUCAGCUCAGCUUUGGCUCUAUGGUGGGUGCAGUUCAUCAGUAUGAUUAUGGCCCUGGUUUUGGUGCUAUUAUAGCUUUACUAUACUUGGAAGGGAUGAAUAUCUGUCAUGAAGUUGUCAGCUUGAUUCUAUUUUGAUCCUCAUUGGAGCUGACUGUCCUUGGGUAGUCUGGGCUGCCCAGCAGAUGCCUUCAAAGAAAAAUAAGACCCCUCAGAGGCAUGAAUGCAUAAUGAAAGAAAACUUGCUUCAAACCUUGACUCAGCAGUUAAAUAAUUGUGAACAUGGGCAAAUCUCUUAACACAGUAUCUUUUUUUUUUUUUUUUUUUUAAGCUAGAAAGAUCUCAGGAACUAUUUAGGCCACUCUCAUUUUAGUGAUAAAGUAACUGGGGUCCUCUUCGUUUAAGUACUUGUUCAAGGUCACACAAAAUAGUGUCAGAAGCAGAAUUUAAAUCCAAGUUCCAUCACAGAAUAAGCACUCUUUCCACAGUGCUAUGCUGGAACUUAUUUUAGAAUGUGGGUGCAAUUGAUGUUCAAGGAUUUGAUAGCAAAAUUUGAAAUAUUAUUAUGAUUUUGAGAGAAGGUGAAAGGCUUCUCAAUUUUUCUGUCGCUGUGCCUUAAUCAAUUUUCUGUAAAAUUAAAGUUCCCUGAGGCCAAAAAUUGCCUUGUUAGGUUUUUGGUUUUUGCUAUUGUUUUCCUGGUAUCUAGUGAAUACUACAUAUAAGCAUACAUUUAUUUUUUGAGUUGAAGGAACUAUGAAAUGUUAUAAUUAUUAUAUCUAUGCAAAAAAAAGGACACUAUCCAAGCUAAUUGCUAUUCCUCUAUAUUCAGAAAAAUGUAUUUAAGUACUUUAAUCUUGGAACCUGCUCUUUUUGCUUUGAGUUGUUGUUCCCUAAAUUGCAGUAGUAGAAGUCAAGUUCCCAUCCUCAAGAAGUUUACAUACUAAAAGGAAAAAACCUCCACCACAACACAAAUAGUUAGAAAUAAAAUUUUAUAAAAGCUAAAGAAAUAGAAAAAAACAAACAUUUUCUCUUAAGAGAGAAAAAAUAGACUUUUAGAAUUAAAAUAUAAAAUGAUACAUAUAUUUUUGACAUCACUUUCUUAAUUUAAGAACAUAAAAAACAUUUGUUAUUAUUUUGUUUAUAAUGUUAUUUCAUAUAAUAGAUUUAAAUGUAUUCAGAUAAUCCCAAAUGUUUAUAAUUUAUUUGGUUUGGAUUUUUUCUUCUAAAAAUUCUACUUCAAUACCUUAUUGUGGUCUGGAAAUGAUCCUUGCUAUCAGCAAAAUAUAAACUCUGGAUAAGUCUACCAUCCUGGAAUGUCUAUGUCUUCCAUGUGAGUAUUUAUUUAGCCUACUCCAAUAGGCUCUUUGGCCAUGGCAACCAAAGAAAGAAAGGAAAUUUCUUCUGAUUCUAUAGUGACUGGUGAAAUGUCAGAACAAAAGGGCAGAGAAUGCUAAGUUUCAUAUAGUUAUAGACUCUACAUGCGAGAUUGCUGUUAUAGCCAAUAAAUUGAUAUGCUACUUAAAGAACUCAACCAUAUCUAUAUUGCUAAUUUCUAGAUGAAUGGCCAAAAGAAAAAAGACAGUUCUGCCUGCAUUUUUGAUUUCCUUCACAGGUUAAUAGUACGCUAUUUCAAAGUCCGAUUCUUUUUGUAAGCAAAAUAACUGUUAGGACAAGUAUGCUUAUGUUGUAUUUAAUUUAUACUUUAACAUACUUAACAUGUAUUGGUCAAUCUGCCAUGGGAUGGGGGGAAGGAGGGGAAAAAUUGGAACAAAAGGCUUGGCAAUUGUCAAUGCUGUAAAAUUACCCAUGCAUAUAACUUGUAAAUAAAAAGCUAUAAUAAAAUAAACAAAUAAAUAAAUAAAUAAAAGAUGGAAACAGUCAAAAAAAAAAGUCAAAAACCUGGAGAGACUCACAUGAACUGAUGAUCCAAAGUGAAAUAAGUAGAACCAGAAAAAUAUUGCACUGUAAUAGGAAUGUUAUACGGUGACCAACUAUUCUUAGAAAUAAUAAUCCAAGACAAUUCCAAAUAACGUAUGAUUUUAAAAACAAUCUAUCCAUUUGCACAGAAUGAAUUGAAGGAAUUGUUAUGCCACAUCUUCCUGCACAGGUGACCUUUAUAGGAAUUCCCUUCUUUUUUUUCUCUUAUUGUCCUGACUCAGUUUCUCUAAUUAUCCUGACUCAAUCCUGCCUUGGUUUCCCUGCUUCUCAGUUCUGCAAAACCUCCCCUCUCUCUUUAUCAGAAUACUUGAUAGAAUAUCAGAAUACCUCUCUCCAUCCCAAGCUAUUAGAAUAUCAGAUACUGUCUUAUCAAGAUGCCUCUCCACAUGUCCAGGGUGCCUCCCCCUGAUUAUGUCAUCCCCUCUCCAGAGGCUCACCCCACCUUGUCAGUCCCGUUCCAGCUCUCAGUGCUCUGACUCCCGCCCCUGCCUCAGUCUACCCUCUGCAUCUGAGCCACGUUGUAUAUAUGUCAUUGAGAACUCUGAUUGUUUGCUGGAUUCUUGAAGACCAUAGCCUCAUUUACCACUGGGACCAAACAUGGGUCCAUUGGUCCCAAUAUAUCUCUCCAUUUGAUAAGUUAUUAAAUACUCUCUAAUCCUUUACUCAGUUUCUCCACCAUUACAUUUUGGAGGCUCCCACCGAGAUGUUAGAAAAUGAGCAGGGCCUCUGGGUGGCUGGGGAUCUGAAUUCUUGGCCUAUAGAGGCCGUUCCCCCUCUCUUCCCCCCCCCCCCCGUUUUUUUUUCAGAUCCUCCAGUUAAGAGAGCAGUUUCCUGCCAUAACAGCCUGACACCCCCAUUUUGGCUAUUGGAGAGUAAGUCAGUCUGAGUACCUUUGGGGUACCAUCUGUUCUGUCUGUACCUGUUCUGUUCUAUUCUGUUAUGCUAGCAUCUGGAUUCCCAGAAUUAUGAAAUGCUGACGGGCAUAAAUUCUGGGAGUAGGGUCUUCUGGAUGCAGGGAUUCUUACCUGGGUGUCUAAGACACAUCUGGUUCUGUGUGCCAAUUGGCACAACUCUGAGAAUUCCAGAGUAUAAAUCUCAGUGUCUUUUUUAAUGACACCAUCUGGCAAAAAACAAACAAACAAAAAACAAACUCAGUGUUGGAUUUUGGGAAGGAGCUGACAACUUCCCUCAGGGCUAGUCUAAAAUUUCUAGAUAGCUCCUGGUCUGUGUUAAAUGUUUUGUUUCUUGUUUUUGGCCAAGAAGUCAUGUAGUCAUGUCCAUGUGUUUUUAUGUGCGGUUUGUCUGUCACUUGUUUGUGACUUUAUUUGGUUCAGAGCUCUGCUAAAUUAAGAAAUUUGGGAAUUAGUUAAAAUUUACUGGUGAUUUUAAACUUAAAAAAAAAACUGGCACUCGGGUAAUUUAAAUUUAGGCGUGGCUUGAAUGGAGUUACCUUAGAUAAGGCCUCUGGAGAACAAAAGGAGUUUAUGUUAAUUGCUUUGAACUCAGGCUGGAGAAAACAUCUGAUUAGAAUGAUUUUUAAAAUUGUGGAAAAUAAUUUUACUGUUGCCUUUGCAGGCUGAUUUGGUUAUCUUUGAAUGUAAGAUCUUAAGAACUUGUUGGGGUGAAGGGGUGAAGUUCUGUUAAUUUACUUGAAAGAGGUCACGUUUCUCCAAUUAGGGUCUGACUUUUCUAAAGGCUUCAACACCAAGCUAGUUGGCCACUUGAAAUCCUCCACUAAAGGUUGGGUGGGAUAGGGAUCUUUUGUCUUCAAAGGUGAAGAUUAAACUCACCCUUCUGCUCUCUGCUAGCACCUAUUUAGCCUGGGGGAAAAGUUAGCUACUUUCCUUCCCCCCUACCUUUUGGGAGGUGGAGUAGGGGGACGAGCAGCCAUGUGGAAUCCCCCCCACACUAAGUGUGUUCCAGAUUUCAAGAGAUAGGCCUGCUUUUAAGUUAAUUGAUCUAUAAUUUGGUAAGGCUGUUUCUAAAGAUUUAAAGAUAUUUUAAAAAAUCUUUCAGAUUCUUUUCUGUAGAAUUGGGUAUUCUGUAUAAGUUUAAUUAAUUGUAUUCUGAGGUUAUGCCCAUAGUUUUUCCUUGUGCUUUUGAAAAUGUUACUGUUAAAUAUGAAAGCUAACUUGUGGACUUACUGAAACCAAUUUAUUACUGUUAUCAUAUACCAUAUGAGGUUAUGGUAUUUCUGAAAGUUUAAUAUUUUUAAGAACCUCUUGGAUUCUUUUAUGUGAUAUUAGGAUGUUCUGUAUAGGAUAUUCUAAGUUUUAAUUGAUUGUAUUAGGUCAUUCUAAGGUCAUUUAAGGAGCUUCUGAAAAUAAUAUUUUUAUCCUUUUGAAAAAGUUUCUGUAAUGGACAAUAAUGUAAUUUGGAAUAUUUGUCUACAUAUUGGGUAUUUUUAAAAGCAAACUGAUUUGUAUGUAUGAUGUUCACUUAUGGGAACAUCUAUUUAGACAUGAAAGAAGAACUUACUGAGACAAAUUCUUACUGUCAUAAAUAUAUGGCUGUAGUAAAUAUCUGUUUAGGAUAUGUCUGAAACUUGGUUAAUAGAAUUUGUUAAUAGAAGUAAAAUUCUUUGGGCUUAUAGUUAAUGCAAUUUGGGAGUUUUAAAGCUCCCCCCCUCUGACAGUCAGUGGGACAAUUAUCUAGAAUAAAACUGAAUUAAAGAUAUUUUAUCUUGUUUUGCUGAAAGUUAAGUUUUAACUGCUUAAGUUAUGGUUGUGUCCCUGCCUUUGUUCUACUGUAACUAAUUUUUAUGAUCAGAGCAAUGGUCAAUAGAAACUGUUAAUGCAAUUCAAUUAUGUCAUACCUUGCUACUUCCAAUCUGGUUAUAUGUCAUACCUGAUUAUAUGUAAUGAUUAUAUCCUAAAUACCUGGCAAAUGGGUAUUUACCCUGGUCAUCUGUCUGUUACUGAAUAUUUGUGUCUGGAUAUUCAGGUUUCUAAAUAAUGAGAGAGCAAAAACCUAAAUGCUAUUUUAUCUAUUGGGAAGCUGCUGGCCAAUUCAUACUGUCCUCUUUAUGUUUUGUAUCAGUCUGCUCUAACCUGUGCUCUAGAUUUCGGUCAGUUACAGGUAUUAACUGACUUCUGGAUUGGCCCAUCCGGCAGCACGGCCGCACCCUCUCUGGACUCCUCAGCAGAAAGCAGUUUUUGAGAAGAUCACUGCUCCUGAUGUCAUUUGGACUGAUAUUGGGGAGAGGAAAGUGGUUGAAUUAUUGUUAAAAUGUUAACUGUAUCACUGUUUUAAGAUUUGUUAAAACUGGGAUUUGUUACAACUUUAACUAUUGCUAUAUGUUUGAAGGAUUUUUAGGAAACAUACUGUAUUAGUCUGUUAUGUACAGGAAUUUUGAUUCACUCUUGGGAUUUAUAUGCGGAAUGGUAAUUUGAUAAUUUCUUUUCCGUGUAAAAAAGUAAGGAAGGAAACUGGUUGAAACUGCUCAGGAAAUUGGGAAAAACUGAUGUAUUGUUCUUAGGCACUUCUGCCUAAUGAAUUCAUUAAUUCAGAUUAAAUUGGAAAUUAUUUAA